AUGACACAAGACCAAAAUUCUUUGCCUCCAUUAGAUUCUAUAUUCAAUCUUUACGAUUUUGAAUCCAUUGCUUCUAAGGUUCUACCAAAUCAAGUUUAUGCCUACUAUUCUUCUUCUGCAGAUGAUGAGGUUUCAUACAGAGAAAAUCAUUAUUCUUUUAGUAGAAUCUUUUUCAAGCCAAAAAUUCUAGUCGAUGUCACUAAUAUUGACAUUAAGACAAAAAUCUUAAACACUCAAUUAAAUGCACCAUUCUACGUUAGUGCAACUGCACUAUGUGGUCUUGGCAACCCAAUGAGUGGUGAACUAUCCAUUACUGAAGGGUGUAGUGAAUUAAAUGUACCACAAAUGAUUUCCACUUUUUCUUCUUUCCCACUUGAAGAUAUUGCUGCCGCUCGUAACUCAGAAGAACAAGUUCAAUGGUUUCAAUUAUACGUUAAUUCAGACAGAAAACUGUCACAUGAAUUAAUUACCAAGGCUGAGAAUUUAGGAAUGAAAGCCUUAUUUGUUACAGUAGAUGCACCACAAGCCGGUAAUAGAGAAAGAGACUUCAGAUUUAAAUUUUCUGUCACAAAUAAUAAUGGUCCAGAUGUUGCACAAAAGAAGAAACGAAACAUAAAGGAAACAAACGGUGCAUCAAAAAGUUUAUCAAAAUUAAUUGCCACUGAUUUGACUUGGGAAGAUAUUAAAGUCUUCAAAUCACUAACUAAUAUGCCAAUUGUUUUAAAAGGUGUCCAAAGAGUAGAUGAUAUUAUCAAAGCAGCUGAACUAGGUUGUAGAGGUGUCGUAUUAUCAAAUCAUGGUGGUAGACAAUUGGAUUUCUCAAGACCACCGAUUGAAACUUUAGUUGAAGCCAUGCCAAUUUUAAGAGAACGUGGACUAGAUAAAAAUUUUGAUAUCUUAAUCGAUGGUGGUAUUCGUCGUGGAACAGACAUAAUAAAAGCAUUAUGUCUUGGUGCUAAAGGUUGUGGUAUUGCAUCUCCUUUUCUAUAUGCCAAUUCUCUUUACGGUGCUAAAGGUGUUAAGAAAGCUAUUGAACUAUUGGUCAAUGAAUUAAUACUUUCAAUGAAAUUAUUAGGUGUUACUAAACUUUCCGAUUUAAAUCCAGAUUACAUCGAUAUCUCAAAUUUACACUCGAGGCACUUACCAUUAACAAAUUUUAAUAUGGGUAACGAUGUUCAUAAUGGAUCGUCAUUUAACUAUUAA